AGUUAAAUAUAAAUAGUUAAGUAUAGCCGAAAUACAGCAUUGUGGUGUUAAUAGAUUAUUUUAAAAUAAGUAUAAAUUUAUAUCUAACAGUAAUUAAAAUUACUAUCGUAACGUUUCGGUGGUUAUUUGAAACGAGUUAAUGAAAAUUAAAUUAAUUAUCCCAACUAUCCAAAAAAUUUAAAAUGUCGCUAACCCAUCUUUUUAUGUAAUCACUAAUCCCAUAUAUCUUUCAAUAGCGACAUUCGUAGAUGUAAUAGCAAGCUACACCAAAUUUUAAAUUAAAACUUUGUUACGUUGGUAUCAUUAAAAAAUAGACCGUUACAAUUUUAACUUGGUUAUAGAAUCCCUGGUAAAUUUGCGUAAAAAUCAGUGAACUAUUCUGGUAAUAUUACUUAUAUUUUGAGUUGUCAAAAACAUUAGAAUAUCUUCGGUUAUUUGUUUGCUAGGAAUCAAAAUUAUUUCGGUUUUCCGAACACAGACCAAAUCUAUAAAUCAAUUACUGAAAGAAUGGCAAAAAACGAUCAAGAUUGUAGUGAUUCAGAAUUCUUUAAUGAACGCGACAAAGGUCAAUAUUCUGUUGAAAAAGUUGUGGAUAAAAAAGUAAUUAAUGGUAAAGUUCUUUACUGUUUAAAAUGGAAAGGAUAUAACGAUAGUGAAAAUACAUGGGAGCCAGAAGAAAACUUAAAAUGUGAAGAACUAAUUAACAAAUUUGAAGCUAAACUAGCAAAAAAGAACCUGAAUGGCGUAUCAUCAAGAAACAAAAAAAAAAAAAGUCAGCCAUUAUUGUUAACAAGAAGUAUUAAAUUAGAUAAAAUUUCAGGAUUUGAACGUGGACUAGAACCUGAAUUAAUUUUAUGUGCUGCUUCUAGUGACGACCAACUUUUAUUUCUUAUUAAAUGGAAGAACCUGAAUGAUGCUUCGUGGGUAGAUGCUAAAUCUGCCAAUGUAAAAUGCCCUCAGACUGUAAUAGAUUUUUAUGAAAAUAGAAUUUCUUGGUAUGAUUAAUUCAGUUAUUUCCUAUGUUUAAAAUAUUAUAAAGUCAAUUUUUUAUUUGAAAAAUUAAAUUUAAUAUGUAGA